AAAUGACUGGAGUGACGAAAAAGAAAGAAAGGUUAAUUCAAGAUUUUUAAAAAAAAGUGGGAGGUAUAAAUAGGAAAGGAAGAGCGAAGGAAGCUCAAGUUUGGUGGUGCGUGUUGUUGGGUUUGGGAAUCGGGUGUGAAUCGCGAUGGCUGCACUUCAAUACUUGGAAUCGCUGAGGAACGCGCAUCCUGAGCUCUCUGAUUGGUACAAUUCCCUCGCAGAUCUGUAUCAGAAGAAGCUCUGGCACCAGCUUACUCUUAAGCUCGAGCAGUUCGUUGCCCUCGCCGCUUUCCAGGCUGGUGAUGCUCUUAUACAGUUGUAUAACAAUUUCAUCACAGACUUUGAGACCAAAAUCAACCUUCUCAAGCUUGCACAUUUUGCUGUGAUAGUUUCCCGGCAGUAUUCUGAGAAAGAAGCUGCUGUUGGUUAUCUUGAUGGAGUCAUUGAGAAGCUUCAAGCUACUAGAGAGCAACGCAUUGAAGAACCUAUUCUUUACAUUAAGAUGCGAAUUGCCAUAAUUAAGCUUGAGCAAGGUGACCAAAAGGAAUGCAAGAAACUUCUGGAAGAUGGAAAGAGUACACUUGAUAGCAUGACAGACAUUGAUCCAUCUGUAUAUGCUAGCUAUUACUGGGUGUCAUCCCAGUACCACAAAUCGCGUCAGGAGUUUGCUGAGUUCUACAAAAGUGCUCUUCUCUAUUUGGCAUACACAUCAGUUGAAUCUCUCUCAGAUUCAUUCAAGCUGGAUUUGGCGUUUGAUUUGUCCCUCUCUGCUCUGCUUGGGGAUAACAUAUACAACUUUGGAGAACUGCUUGCUCAUCCUAUUAUUAAGAGCCUUCUUGGGACAAAGGUAGAAUGGCUUUAUUAUAUUCUGCAGGCAUUCAAUUCUGGUGAUUUAGUUCGAUAUCAAGAAUUAUGCCGGGUGCAUAGUGCUGCUCUAAGGGCUCAACCGGCACUAGUUCAAAAUGAGCAGAAAUUGUUGGAAAAGAUUAACAUUCUCUGCUUGAUGGAGAUCAUUUUCAGUCGGCCUUCAGAAGAUCGAACUAUACCCUUGAGUGUCAUUGCAGAUCGUACUAGACUUUCUAUAGAGGAUGUGGAGCAUCUCCUAAUGAAGAGCCUAUCUGUUCAUCUAAUUGAGGGUAUAAUUGAUCAAGUUGAUGGCACAGUUCAUGUUUCCUGGGUGCAACCAAGGGUUCUGGGUAUUCAACAGAUCAAAUCCUUACGUGAUCGACUGGACAGUUGGACGGGGAAAGUACACACUGCAUUGUUGUCCAUCGAGGCAGAAACACCUGACUUAAUUGGAUCGUGAUUUUUCUUUGCUUGUUUUCUGCCAAUUGUAAGAAUUUCUUAAGUUAAAGGGAAGACAUGGUGAGGGGACAAAACGAGAGACUUCCAACUCACAUGGGAAUUAUAGCCGAGUAUAUGUGCUUCAUUUGGUUUUAUCUGCUGCUUUUGAAUGAAUGCUGGAGAGAACAGACCCUUGUACUCCACUUAGAAAUUGUUGGUUCUAUGGUUUCAUGCAUAGACACAUCGGAUUCAGUUGGAAGCAGGCUAUUUUUAUGCUUUAGAGUGAUGAUACUACUAUGUACCUGGAAUUUUUAUUAGAUACGGCCAUUUUAAUUCACUUUCACAAGUUCCUUUUUCUGCC